AUGGAAGACAGCGAUCUUACAGAUUUGUCAGGAGAAUCACUCGAGACGCAGUUUCAUCGAGUUAAGAAGUGGACCGAAAAGAGCCACGUGAAGGCGUUUGGGUCGACGAAACUUAGCCAUGAAAUUGUUGGCAACUAUCAAUCGACGUACGAUAAGAGCUCGAGUGACGAGGAGCCGACUACUGAUGAUAUUGACACGACUCCGACGACUAGAUCUACUUCUGCGGCAUUUGGUCUUGACAGCAGUGCUGUGGAUGCCCGGGACGUGGAUCUUGUCACGGCAUUUUACCGCUAUCUACGAGCGAAGCCAGGAAAAGAUCGACGUGAACUUGGAAAUGAAGUCAUUGCAACUAUUUAA